AGUACCUCUAUCAUCUCAAAGCUUCACGAAAUCAGAGAACCAAAUAUCGGCAUUCGCUAGAUUCCGAAACAUCCCUCAUCUCACCCCCACUGAGAUGAAUACUUCGUAUAUUUUUGACAGCUCUGACACCACAGCCGAUGUUGUCCUAGUAUCCUGCGACAACGUUCGCUUUCACACACACAAACUCAUUCUUUCACUUGCCUCGUCUACUUUCCGAGACAUGUUCGCGAUAGCUCAACCGCCGGCCGAUGGAUCCAUUCCUGCAAUCCCGAUGGCCGAAGAUGGUCAGACCGUCGAGAAAAUUCUUCGCUUUUGCUAUCCCACUAAAGAUCCGUCGUUCAAGGACGUACCUGAACUGUACCAUGUGUUGGUAACCAUGACCAGGAAGUACGGUAUGGAGGACGUAGCUCUCAGAAUUCGAACCGAGCUGCGUAGGUUCUGCGAUUCAGGGAAGGAUCCCUUACGGGUGUUUGCGAUUGCCUAUGCUAUGGGAUGGAAGCAGGAGGCCGCUGCCGCUGCUCAGACGGCAAUUCAAAGACCUCUUCUGACACCAGAAGAUGAUGAUAUCUUGGAGCUAGACAUCCUCGGGUCACCACGUAUUAUAUAUCGACUCUUGAAUUUCCACAAACAACGUACGGGCGACGCCUACAAGUUAGCUUACAUCGAUGGGGAUGAAGUUGACUUCGUAUUCAAGAGUAACCCCUUUUGCGAACAUCAUGAUAUUUGUGAACAUGAUGGGGUUGGUCAUUUUUAUUACAACGCCGUUCCGCAGAAAUCAUGGCUCUUCUACUACAUGUCAUCGGUUCAAGAAGCACUUCUUCUCAAACCGACUACCGCGAGUCUCUAUGGCCGUCACGAAUGGGCGAUGCAGCAUGCUCGUAAUAUUGCAGCAGAGUGCUCCGAGUGUGCGAAAUGCGAUCUUCCCGCCCUCUUUGACCGGUAUCUGCCACAAACCUAUGUGAAGCGUAUCGAAGAGGCUUUAAACAAGGUGAGCGUCUAUAUCGUGGCUUUGAGAUGUCUUAAUGAGCUGCAUUUCGAUAGAAAUUCUGUCUGUAGCGCGUGUCAAGGUAGAAAGAUGAAGGAAAUCGACCAGUGCACGCGGACGGAGGUUGGUACUUAUACUUGAACAAAAUACUUAUCUGUAUAACUGUACUCCUAAACAUUGUCGAUAGAAGACGGUUAUUUGUUUGUAAGUUAGUGUGUCCAAGGAAGUCGGGAUGCAGUCGCGGUGGAACCUGCC